CCGAGCCCGGAUCACUGGUGAGUCAAUUCUUGCUACCCCAGCUGAAGUUACGUUGCAAAACUGAUGGCGAAAGAUUCGAACAACAGUAACUCGAGUUCCUUAGAAAUUGGGUCGGUCCGGGACUAUGUAAUCUGGUCCAUCUUUAACGUCUCCUACAUGAAUUUCUUCUGCUUCGGCCUAGCGGCGCUGUUCUUCUCGAUCAAAUGCAGAGAUCGGAAAAUGCAAGGGGAUUUAGAAGGAGCUCAGCGCUUUGCCCGUAAAGCCCGAGCACUCAACAUCGCUGCCUCUGCCCUGAGCGCCCUGGUCUUCAUCAUCUUCAUUGCUCUAGCAGGCGCUGGCGCGUUUCGGGCCUAAUGUGCAAAUGAGAGUAAUUUCCAACCAGGCAGAAACUGAGGCGUAGCCUCUCUGUUCACAGCGGGAAUAGUUGGUGACUAAACCCUUUUCAGCAACAACAUAAAGCCCUUAUAUUGUUCCUC